UGGGUUAGUUAUUUUUACCUCCCAUGGCCGAGUCCGGCUUCGGUCAGGGCAAAGCCCGUUCCAACAGCCUGCCGUUGAGAAUAUCUCCGUACUUAUGUAAUUUAUUUCAGUAGAUAUUCCCCAUGGCCACCUUUUUAUUUAUUUAUUUUCUCUCUCUGCAUCUGCGAUACAGCGAUAAUUACAAAAUCGACACGAACUUCCGAUAUUCCACUUUUCUUUGCACGGACUCCACCAUUCCUCCUCUUCCCAGCUCGUUUAUUUAAGUAAGAAACUCUUCGAUCAUUGAAGAACUCUCUCCUCUCUCUCUCUGCGCAUUUUGGAAGCUCUAGUCAAGCAGUUGCAGAAUUAGGGUUUCAGAACUGUUGGUCUACUGUCUCCAUUGGUUACCUUUAAUUUCUCUCUUACUUAGAUUCCACACGUAGAGGUUCCAAUGCUUCCGGACAGCUCAAUGGACGUGGGGAAGGCGCUGUUAUGUAGUCUUCACAGCUUAAAGCUCUCUCCGGCUAAUUUGGCUUUGCUACAUUCGCAGAACCAAUUUUUCUGGAGAUCGCAGAAGAAGCCAAUCUCUUGGUCCGUCAUGUGUGGCUUGAUGCUUUUUGCUUUAGGUUUAAUUUCGCUUUUCACUGGACAUGUUGCCUCUGAUCUCGAUUGGUACUCUCAUCGUCUGAUUAUGACCCGUAUAUUCUACUCCAGACUGAAAGGAGGUCGUCAUGCACCAAUUGAUAUAUGGAAGUCAAGAUCUUCAAAGUUCUACUAUGGAUGUAGUAAUAAAGGCCCUCAUUUCACUUCUGCUGUACGUGAGCGGUCUUCUAAUGGAUACUUGCUUAUUGCAACAAGUGGAGGGUUAAACCAACAAAGAACAGGGAUAACUGAUGCAGUGGUUGUUGCACGUAUUCUGAAUGCUACAUUAGUUAUACCACAGCUGGAUCAUCGUUCCUUCUGGAAGGAUGAUAGUGACUUUGAGAACAUUUUUGAUGUUGAUUGGUUCAUCUCUUCUCUUGCAAAAGAUGUUACCAUUGUUAAAAGAAUCUCUGAUAAAGUAAUGAGAUUAAUGGAAAAACCUCCAUACACUAUGCGUGUGCCAAGGAAGUCAACUCCUGAGUAUUAUCUGGAUAUGGUGUUGCCAAUACUUAAGAGGAGACAUGCUGUUCAGUUGACAAAAUUUGAUUACAGGCUUGCAAAUAACCUUGAUGAUGAACUACAAAAGCUGCGUUGCCGGGUGAAUUACCAUGCUUUGAGAUUUACGAAACCCAUACAGGAUCUUGGUCAAACACUGGUCAUGAGAAUGCGGAAUAUGACCAAUCGUUUCAUUGCAGUUCACUUAAGGUUUGAACCUGAUAUGCUAGCAUUUUCUGGUUGUUAUUAUGGUGGAGGUGACAAAGAAAGAGCUGAGCUUGCUAAAAUCAGGAGGCAGUGGCCAACAUUACCUCCUUUGAGCCCCGAGGGAGAGCGGAAAAGGGGGAAAUGUCCUCUUACCCCUCAUGAAGUGGGUCUGAUGCUGAGGGCACUUGGUUUUGGAAAUGAUACAUACAUCUAUGUUGCAUCAGGAGAAAUAUAUGGUGGAGAAGAGACUUUGCAGCCACUUAGAAACCUCUUCCCAAACUUCUACACAAAAGAGUUGCUUGCUAAUGAAGAGUUGAGGCCUUUCAAUUCCUUCUCAUCACGCCUUGCUGCCCUUGACUACAUUGUCUGCGAUGAAAGUGAUGUAUUUGUCACCAAUAACAAUGGAAAUAUGGCCAAGAUUCUAGCAGGUCGACGGAGGUACAUGGGGCAUAAAAGGACCAUCAGACCAAAUGCAAAGAAGCUAAGUGCAUUGUUCAUGGCAAGGCAGAAGAUGGAUUGGGAAACAUUUGCCAGAAAAGUGAAAUUGUGCCAGAGAGGUUUCAUGGGAGAGCCAGAGGAUAUGAGAUCAGGACGAGGCGAGUUUCAUGAAUUUCCAUCCUCUUGCAUAUGCCAGAAACUGCAUAGAGAUGAUGACAUUGAAGAUAGCAAUGACACAGGACAACCAAUGGGACAGUAUACAAUAGGUUUAACAAAAAUCACGUCAGAAAACAAUAGGACGAUUGGAGAGCAGAAACAAAAGUUGCAGAGUUUUAACAAGUAUAGGCCAAGCCCAAGUAUCUAAAGGUAGAGAUGUUGUGGAAGAGGGGAAACUGUUAGAUUAGAAUUUAGAAGUCACUAAUGUAUGGUGGCAAGAUCUUCUUUCAAGACUGACUUGCCGAAACCAGCAGCAUAACCGAGUAAAUUGGGUCCUUAUCUGAGCCUUCAUGCUACACGAUCUGGGCCCAAGGUUGACCUUCUUGUGUUCAAUACCCUGCUUGAGUUACUCGACUAGGAUUUUGGUCGAGCUUAAAGCAUGUAUAGAAGACAAACAUGAGCCACAACUGGACUUGCUGAUGCUGUAUAGAAGAUAUUUGCGCAUAAAUGAAAGCUGGCUCUCUUUGAUAAGACCCAGCUGUAUUUUCCUUGAAUCAUUCAUUCACCAGCAACCCAAAUUCAAAGUGCUUUAAACUAA